AUGGUGAAACUAUCACCAAAAGGGUGGAUAAAUGGAGAACUUUUUCUGGAAUGGUUCAAUCAUUUCAUACAAUGUAUACCUCCUGCAAGACCUAUAACCUUAGUAAUGGAUUCCCAUGGAUCCCAUAUUUCAGAGGUGGUCACUGAUCUGACCAAGAAGAACCAGAUCUAUCUUCUGACAUUUCCUUCUCAUGCUACUCACAAUCUGCAACUGUUGGAUGUAGGGGUAUAUGGGCAACUUAAAAGAUCAUGGGAAAAAUCUUUAAGUAGCUACAUGGUCAAGAAUACAGGUCUGAGACCCAACAGAUAUGAUUUCCACAAAUUGUUGAAACCUGCUUACUACAGUGCUUUCAGUCCUGAGACCAUCAUAUCAGCUUUUAGGAAGACUGGGAUAUAUCCAUUUAAUCCUGCAGCUGUGACUGAUGAGGCAAUAGCAACAUCAAAGCUGACAGACAAACCUGCAGAAGACAAUCUGGAACCAGCAUUAGAUGAUUCAGAAAGUCAUUCAGAGGUGAACGAACUUUUUACUCUGCCUGUCUUAGCAGAUGAUGGGAACAAAUGCAAGCAGAGGAGAAAGACAGAUAGCAAGGCAAAAUAUCUGACUAAAAUUCAAGAAGCAGCUGCCAAAAGAACCAGAGGUAGAUCACGAAAGGAAGAAACAUUAAAUCCACAACCCAGCACCUCUGGAGUGACAAAGAAGAGGAUGAAGGAUGACAAUAAAUGUGGAUCCUGUGGCCACAGUUAUUUAGAAGAUGUGAGGAAAAAAUGA